AUGGCCCAUGUAGAUGCGCUUAGUAGGCAAACAGAGAUGCUGAAAGAAUUGGAAGGAAUUUCUGAUCCGUGUCCUAUUUCGUCAAGAGAUGUUUCACCUCUUCGACCUUGUAGCCCUAUUCAAUCCCGUGUUUUUUCUGAUCCGUGUCCUAGCUCGUCAAGAGAUGUUUCACCUUGUAGCCCUAUUCAAUCCCGUGUUUUUUUUGAGUCUUGUGAUCCUACUGCACCUUGUGUAGUUUCUGAACCCGUAAAAUCUUGUGAACCGCGUGAAACUUUUAAAUCUCGUCGAUCUACUGAUUCUUGUGAACCUAGGGAACAUGAUGUGCCCUGUGGUCCUGAGAAACGAGUUAAAUCCGUUAGGUUUUCCCCUGAGGUUGAAGAGAUUGUUGGAAUUGUAGGUGCAUCCCCAUAUGAUAUUGAUUUACUUUUGCAGACCGAACAGAUAAGAGAUCCGGAAAUCCGUCGAGUGCGAGAGAAGUUAGAGAUUGGUGAAAUGGAAAAUUUCGUGUUGUUAGAUGGGAUCGUGUAUAGAGCGAAGGAUAGUGAGAAACUGUGUAUGUAUGUCCCGAGCCGAAUGCAGGAAGAUCUAAUUAGAAAAUUCCACGAGAAGUUGGGCCAUUUUGCAACAGAUAAGUGUGUGAAUAAACUGAGAGAAAAAUAUUGGUUUCCUGGUAUGAGGAGUAAGGUCGAUCUAUUUAUAAAGAACUGCUUACCGUGUAUCCUACAUUCAGUUCCGAGAAGUAUUCACAAUAGGACGCUUCAUAGUAUCCCUAAAGCCCCGGUCCCGUUUGAUACAAUCCAUAUCGACCAUCUAGGUCCCCUUCCGUCUAUUAGUUCAAAGAGAAAGCAUUUGUUGGUAGUCAUUGAUGCGUUCACCAAAUUCGUUAAGUUAUAUCCCGUCAAUUCAACCAGUACUAAGGAAGUUAAUUGCUCUCUAGAAAAAUAUUUCGAAUAUUAUAGCCGGCCUCGUAGAAUCAUCUCCGAUAGAGGCACCUGUUUUACUUCUUUUGAGUUUAAAGAGUUCCUUGAGUGUAGAAAUAUUGAUCAUAUUAAAGUGGCCACGGCGGCCCCGCAGGCAAAUGGACAAGUUGAGCGUGUGAACCGGGUCCUGACACCAAUGUUGGGAAAGCUAUCAGAGCCCUUGAAUCAGGCCGAUUGGUAUAAAUUGCUUAACCGUGUUGAAUUCGCUAUAAACAACUCCGUUCAGUGUAGUACCGGAAAGACUCCUAGUUCCUUGUUAUUUGGUUGUGAACAACGUGGUCCAGUGGUAGAUGAGCUCACCGAGUAUUUGGAAGAAAAAUUUGAUCAGGAGAAACCGCGAUGUUUGGAUACAGUAAGGGACGAAGCACUUGAGAAUAUAUGUCAAUCACAGGUCCGAAAUGAAACCGCAUAUGGCUUAAAGCAUAAGGCACCUACGUUGUACCAGGUCGACGAUUUUGUUGCUAUUCGUAACGUUGAUGUGACCCCAGGGCAUUGUAAGAAGUUUGCACCCAAGUAUCGUGGCCCAUAUAGAGUGAACCGUGUUUUCCCGAACGACCGUUAUGAGAUUACAGAUAUAGACAAUUGUCAGCUUACGCAACUCCCAUAUAAGGGAAUCCUUGAGGCUGCUAGGCUAAAACCGUGGUUGCAAGUGUGUAAUAAAACCAUAGGAAUGUGUAUAUGA